GUUCCAUUUGGCUGGUGUGUUGAUGCAGUCUGCCUGUGGGGAGAGAGAACACUUGCCUGUAUUUGUGAAGAGGAGAUGGAGAACUUGGUGUUCAGAGCUUGUUUUGACUUGAAAUCUCUGGAGGAGAGUACAUUCUGUCACUGUACCGGGACUUUCACAUGUCUUAAGAACUGUGCAAGCAAUCACAAAUUUUACUAUUGAGAUAGGUUUUUUUCAUUUGAUACCUGUGAAUUUUCUGCAAUCUAAAGAUGGCAGCAAAUAAACCUAAAGGACAAAAUUCCUUGGCUUUACACAAAGUCAUCAUGGUGGGAAGCGGUGGUGUAGGAAAAUCUGCUUUAACACUACAAUUCAUGUAUGAUGAGUUUGUUGAAGACUAUGAGCCCACCAAAGCAGAUAGCUACAGGAAAAAAGUGGUUCUGGAUGGGGAAGAAGUCCAAAUUGAUAUAUUGGACACAGCAGGGCAGGAGGACUACGCUGCAAUUAGAGACAACUACUUCCGAAGUGGAGAAGGCUUUCUUUGCGUCUUCUCUAUUACAGAGCUAGAAUCCUUUGCAGCAACUGCAGACUUCAGGGAGCAGAUCUUAAGAGUAAAAGAAGAUGAGAAUGUUCCUUUUUUGCUAGUUGGUAAUAAAUCAGAUUUGGAAGAUAAAAGGCAAGUUUCUGUAGAGGAAGCAAAAAACAGAGCUGAUCAGUGGAAUGUUAAUUAUGUGGAAACUUCUGCAAAAACACGAGCUAAUGUUGACAAGGUGUUUUUUGAUUUAAUGAGAGAAAUUAGAGCCAGAAAAAUGGAAGACAGCAAAGAAAAGAAUGGAAAGAAGAAAAGAAAAAGCCUAGCUAAGAGGAUCAGAGAAAGAUGUUGCAUUUUAUAAUCAAAAACCUGGAUUCCUUUCCUACCCUGACCAUACUAAUAAAAAACAUAAUUUAUAAGCAUGCCAUUGAAGGCUGAAGUGACUGAAAUUACCCUAACAUGUUGGAAAAUGUAAUGUACCACUAAAAACAUGAAUUGGAGCUGCACUGAAAGUCAAAUUCACUGAAAAAAAAUUAUGUGGCUUCAAGAGAAGCAAAGUUCAGUCCAUUUCAUAAUUGCCUACCUUCUCACAUUUCUUCUGAAUGUAGUGUCUCAUAGGCAGUCUUUUCUUUAAUAGUGAACAGAGGGGCAAAGUAUUACUUUGUGGGUUCUUAUAAAGCAUACUUUUUUAUCACUGGUAAUUGUCAAUUCAUCUUGUCUUUGUUGCCUUGAAAAUUGCAAUUGUGAACAUGAUACCUAACAAAGCAGCAUGCAGCUGUUUUGCCAUGGAGUUAUGCAAAUUAGAAAAGAAUAAUGUAUAUGCGAACAGUUAUUUUGAGGAAAACUAUAUGUGGUUCUGCAUUACCUGAUUAAUUUAGAAGAGUGAUAUAAACUUUUACAUUGAAAUAUUUGAAUAUGCCUUAAUUUUAAAACCCAAACAUAGCAGGUUGCUUAAUCAAGGGUGUAUUUUCAACUUUGUUGCAUGGAGACUGUUCCUGCACAUCAGUGCGAGACUGCCCUCUCUGUGGAGUGCAGUUACAUGAAUGAUUUUGCUAACUAGCUGUCUGCUAGCAGUGUCUGUUCUUUAAAUAUGUGCCAUACUCUGGUAUUGUGAAUAAUACAGAGCAUAUUCUGUCAUCCAUAAUUUGGUUAACAGUAUGGUAUCUUAACUAAAAGGUCAGAAUACAUAUAAGACUGAUGUCAUAAGCCUAUGGCACAUCUAAGCCUGGAAUGGUUGUUUAAAAUUUAACGUGCUGAUACCUUGAAACUUCCCUUUUGCGCAUAGAUUUUUGUCUAGAUGUUCCUUGGGUUAUAACUCCCUGGAAUUGGGUGGAGUGGGGCUAAUCUAGUAGCGCUAAUGUGUUUUAAGAUGUUGUCUGGCAAAUUUUGGUUAAUUUCUUUUGUGUUCCUAAUACUCAGCUGUGGGAACAUGGUGUGUUAUGCUGAAGCUCUUUGCAGGUUUUGUACCAUUUAGUCUAUGUUGAUUUUCAAAUGGGGAACAGUGUAGCUACUUUUUCUAGUAGAUGUUGAUAUCAAACAAUCAAACAUGCUUUGCAAUACAGAAACAUUUAACAUGUACAUCCAAAAUCCCCAAACAAAACAUACUGCCUCAGUUGCUUCGGAACAGCAAGAAUACUAGCACACGGUUAGUAUGCUACAUCUUAACUAAGAAAAUACCAGAAUGUUUGAGGGUUUUGGACUCCUUUGUGGUGAGACAGGCUAGAUCAAUUCCACAAACUGUUAUACUUUUUAUACAUGUGUAAACCUAUAACUGACAGUUUAAAAUGUGCUCAAGCAAACUAGGUAACAAAUAUUUAACUUUCAUGCUAACAGACGUUUUAGGGACUCAAGUCUUAGAAGUUAUAUAUGUCAUGUUAAAUAUUUAUCAAUAGGAAUUUUGUAUGUGCAUUUAGUAGACUGCCAAGUGCACAAUUAAAGUUACUCGUGUAACUGGCAAAUAAGCCAGUCUUCAUCUUACUGUGUACUCAUUUGGGUCUAUUUAGCCAGGGAGUCUAACCACUAACAUUGUGACUUUGCUUUGGAACCUGUAUACUGGGAACUGAGGUGUUAUGAAGCCACUGGACACGUCAAAGCUGUCUUGGCUGAUGCCUUAUCCUGUCCUUUUAUUUGCUAUUUGAGCCAUUCAAAGAUGAAUAAACUUCCAUUUUUCUAAAAUA